AGUGAUGUCAUAUCCGUUGUCCAGGUCUCUACACCUCUCUCAGCAGUUACUCCCUUCGUCUUUUUCUUGGGUCAAAACUUUUGAGGUGGGCUGGCUAGAUAGCCACGGGAGAGAAGGUAAACUGGGGAGCGCGGCUUGGAGGCGCUUCAGCACCUCGGUCAGCGCCCACCGCAGCUCAACCCACCCCCAGCGCUCGCAGACUCCCAGCUCUGAGAAUGCCUGCGGAAUGAUCGCCCCCCAGGGCGGCUGCCGCUGCUGCCGCUACUGCUAUCGCUGCUGCUGCUACUGCUACUGCUCCUGCCGCCGCCUCUGCCUCCACUCAGCUCUGACUGGCAGGCAGAAAGUGCAACUGACGAAGGAAAGGUCUCUGCAUUGAGAGUGGAGUGGCUACAUAAAAGAGAGUAAAGAGGGGGCAAAAACCCAGAUCAGAAUGCCGGCGACGUCCAACCUACUCAAUCUCCUGCUGCUGUCUUUGCUUGCUGGAUUAGACCCUUCCAAGACUCAGAUUAGUCCCAAAGAAGGGUGGCAAGUAUACAGCUCAGCCCAGGAUCCUGAUGGACGAUGCAUUUGCACAGUGGUUGCUCCAGAACAAAACCUGUGUUCCCGGGAUGCCAAAAGCAGGCAGCUUCGCCAGCUGCUGGAAAAGGUUCAGAACAUGUCCCAGUCUAUUGAAGUCUUAAACUUGAGAACUCAGAGAGAUUUCCAAUAUGUUCUAAAAAUGGAAACCCAAAUGAAAGGGCUGAAGGCCAAGUUUCGGCAGAUUGAAGAUGACCGGAAGACACUAAUGACCAAGCAUUUUCAAGAGCUGAAAGAGAAGAUGGACGAGCUCCUGCCCUUGAUUCCUGUGCUAGAACAGUACAAAACAGAUGCCAAGCUAAUUACCCAGUUCAAGGAGGAAAUCCGGAAUCUGUCUGCCGUCCUCACUGGGAUUCAGGAGGAAAUCGGUGCCUAUGACUAUGAGGAACUACAUCAAAGGGUGCUUAGCUUGGAAACCAGACUUCGUGAUUGCAUGAAAAAGCUAACAUGUGGCAAAUUGAUGAAAAUCACAGGCCCAAUUACAGUCAAGACAUCUGGAACCCGAUUUGGCGCUUGGAUGACAGAUCCUUUAGCAUCUGAAAAAAAUAACAGAGUUUGGUACAUGGACAGUUAUACUAACAAUAAAAUUGUCCGUGAAUACAAAUCAAUUGCAGACUUUGUCAGUGGGGCUGAAUCGAGGACAUACAACCUCCCUUUCAAAUGGGCAGGAACUAACCAUGUUGUCUACAAUGGCUCACUCUAUUUUAACAAGUAUCAGAGCAACAUCAUCAUCAAAUACAGCUUUGACCUGGGGAGAGUGCUUGCCCAGCGAAGCCUGGAGUAUGCUGGUUUUCACAACGUUUACCCUUACACAUGGGGUGGGUUCUCUGACAUUGACCUAAUGGCUGAUGAAAUUGGACUGUGGGCUGUGUAUGCAACUAACCAGAAUGCCGGCAAUAUUGUCAUCAGCCAACUUAACCAAGAUACAUUGGAGGUGAUGAAGAGCUGGAGCACUGGCUAUCCCAAGAGAAGUGCAGGGGAAUCCUUCAUGAUCUGUGGGACACUGUAUGUCACCAAUUCCCACUUAACCGGAGCCAAGGUGUAUUAUUCCUAUUCCACCAAAACCUCCACAUAUGAGUACACGGACAUUCCCUUUCAUAACCAAUACUUUCACAUAUCCAUGCUUGACUACAAUGCAAGAGAUAGAGCUCUUUAUGCCUGGAACAAUGGUCACCAGGUCCUAUUCAAUGUCACCCUUUUCCACAUCAUUAAGACUGAGGAUGACACAUAAGCAAAUGUAACUUUUUUCAUUGAUCUAAACAAGUGUCAUUUGUGAUAAACUCUAUAGGACCCCUUCUGUUUUUUUCUUUAUUAUAAUUUUCAUCGUUUCUCCAAAGCAUUUUUUAUUGUGAAGUUGGUGUUUCAAAAAACA